CUGUUUGUUUGUAAAACUUCAUUCGGCUUAUUAAGCGGUUUAAAAUGUUUUUAAUUUACAAUCAUAACGGUUUCUACAUAUUAAAACGUUUAGUUUACAAGAUCAAUAUCAUUAUACUUUUAAUAACCAUGAUAUGCUUCCGUUUAGUCAAUAUCAUUAAUUAAAAACCAGUUGGAAAUAAACCAUUGGAAACAGUGGGUGUGUCCAAAUGACUCGAGUCAAGUGAAUAGAUGGUUGCCUAUACAUAUAUUCUAAUCACAUACUAUAAUUGUCAAAUUCAGGUGCAUAUCAUCUUUGUCCAGUUAUCUACGUUAUCUAUGCUUAUAUUUACUUUUUAAACUAGAUUAUGCAAUAUUAGAGAUAGCUUUAGAUAAAAUGGAAGCGGUAUUGACAAAGCAGUAUUAAUAAAGGAAAGAGUGGAGGAGCAUGUUCAUGAUUACUAACUAUGGAAAUGAUUUAUUCGGAAAUAACUGUAUGCUCAUUUCCACCAUAUUCUACAUCUAGGUACAAUUAACAGAUAUAAUAUUUAAUUAUGCAAUUAAUGUCAUGAAUACUCUCCAAAAGCCAUACCGCAGAUAUGUGCGUCAUUGAGAACUUGGCAAUAAAGGAUAAGGUAGAUCCCACAACAUUUCAAAAUACAUUCAUGUCUCUAGUGUUUGACGGAGGAAAGCAUGUAUUGGAAGACGAAAAUGUGCAAAAAGAAAUAUUCAAGCCUGGACUCCAUUUUGACCUCAUAAUAAUUCAUAAAUUUGGUGAAGAGCUCUUAACAGGGCUUUCAUAUCAUUUUAAAGCACCCUAUAUACUUCUAAGUACCAUUGGACAAUCAUUUGUAGGAAGCAUGCAAGUUGGGUUACCGGGGGUUCCUGCUUAUCUUCCCGAUUUUCUUAUUAACAUAUCCCCUGAGAUGUGCUUCUUUCAAAGGCUUAUUAACACAGUUAUAAUUGAUUCAAUGCUAAUUUAUGGAUAUUUCUUCCAUUUUCGGAAACUGGACAAUGAUAUGCAAAAGUUCUUUCCGGGAGCGCCUUCAGUCAGUGAUCUUUAUUUUAAUGUAUCUUUGUACUUAUGGAACUCGCAUCCAAGUUAUGGAUUUUCAUUACCUUCUGUUCCUAAUGCAAUAGACGUUGGUGGAUUUCAUGUGUCUGAUCCCAAACCACUUCCAAAAGAUUUGAAAACAAUUCUGGACGGUGCAAAAGAUGGCGCCAUCUUUUUCAGUUUAGGAUCCAACGUUCGUGCUUUUUCAUUGCCCAACGAAACUAAGGAUGGAAUCUUAAAAUCAUUUUCGAAACUGAAACAGGUUGUGUUAUGGAAAUUCGAAGAUCCUGAACUCCCAAAUAAACCAAAAAAUGUCCACAUUAGUAAAUGGUAUCCGCAGCAGGAUAUUUUAGCUCAUCCGAAUGUAAAAUUGUUCAUCACUCAUGGGGGUCUACUUAGUUUAACAGAGGCUGUUUACAAUGGAGUCCCAAUAAUUGGAAUUCCUGUUUUUGGAGAUCAAUUUUACAACGUUGAGGAGGCGGUCAAACAAGGUUAUGCCUAUAAAGUGCUUUAUAAUGAAAUGAACGAGAAGAACUUCGAUAAAGCCAUAGGCGAAAUGCUUAACAAUAAAAAGUAUUACGAAAAUAUGAAAGAAAAAUCGAGAGUAUUCCAUGACAGGCCUGUUAAACCACUUGACAGCACAAUUUAUUGGAUUGAAUAUGUGAUAAGGCACAGAGGAGCGCCCCAUUUGAGGUCAAUAACAGCAAAUCUAAGUUGGAUUCAACUUCAACUUUUAGACGUGUAUGCAACAUUAUUGGUUUUACUUUUUAUUGCGUUCAAAUGUAUUCAGAUAGUUAUAAGAAAAAUUGUUAACAAAAUUUGCAAUUGUAAAUCUUCUAAGAAAGAGAAGACGAUAAAGAAGACGCAGUAGAUAAUAAUGGAUAACAAUAAACACAGCAUAUAUUUGCAAAAAU